AUGUUUGGAGUCGCGUUGCUUGGAGCUGGGUUGUACCCAAAAGAAGCGUAUCUUCCGGCCCUGCAUGCUAUCAGCGUGAGCUUGGUAGCAGUCUACUCGAAGUCCCUCAACACAGCCUCAGAGGCCGUUGAGGAGGCAAAGAAGCUUUCAGGGCUCGUAUCUCCAUCUAUUGGUGUAUACAGCAACGAGCAAGGAGGCGAUGGUGAUGUUGACGAUUUACUGAAACGCGAUGAUGUCAAAGUGGUCAUCGUCUCUCUGCCAACCCUGGUCCAGCCCUCUAUAGUUUUGAAGGCGCUGGAGGCCGGGAAACAUGUGUUGAUGGAGAAGCCGAUGGCCAAGAAUAUCGCGGCUUCCAAGGCACUUCUGGAUGAAUAUGAAGCCAAGUAUCAACCAAAGGGCUUGGUACUCGCAGUUGCGGAGCAGUUCCGUUAUGAUGCGGGGCACGAAAAAGCACGCCAAAUUAUCGCAAGUGGCGGUAUUGGAACACUUGCCACCGUGCAUGCGCGAAUCUGGAAUCUCGUGAAUCCUGGAAACAAGUGGUAUGAAACAGAAUGGCGCAAGAAGCCCGAAUAUAUGGGAGGAUUCUUGCUAGAUGGUGGCGUCCACUUUAUUGCCUUCAUCCGCUAUGUGGCAGGCGAGGAGAUUGUAGAAACAGCUUCCUUCGCGAGACAGACCCUUGACCAUCUCCCUCCACUAGAUACAGUUCAGGCUGUGCUGAAGUUUGAAUCAGGGGCAUUGGGCACGCUUAGCAUGUCUUUCGCGUCAGUGAAGAACGAUUAUAGUUAUGUUUUCAUUGGAAGCACGGGUUCCUUGACAGUGACAGGAGAAGCGGGAGGAACUCGACUCGUCGUUGAAGAUGCAACCGGAGGGGUCGUGUCUGACCAAGUCAUCGCCGGUACAGACACUUAUAAGGAACUGUUUUCCUCGUUUAUUCGGUCCACUGAGAGUGGAAAUGAAGACCCAAGAGGUUCUCCAAAACAGGCCAUCGCCGACGUUGCUGUAGUUGAGAACAUUUGUACGGGAGGUGGAACUAUUGAGAGCUACCUUUAG